UUCCAAUGUUGAAUUACGAAACUUAAUGGAUAAUGUCAUUCUCGACAGAUUUUGGCUGUAUUCUUUUAAACUGUGUAUUUGAAAACGGUCGGACGGCAAGGCUACGUUUCCGUACUUUUCUUCAAGAAUCGCCGCUGUUGCGACACAGGAUUAGAAAAGCGAACUACGCAAUCGCCGCCAUGUUAGUAAAGGAAAGUGAAGCCAUAGUACGCGCGAGUUUUACAGCAAUCGAUCCCAAAAAUGCCAACAAGUUGCUCGGCAAUGGGUUGCAGCUCCGUUUACAGUAAGAACGGAAGUAUCAGCUUUCACAGGUUUCCAGUAGAUCCUAAGCGCAAGGAAAUCUGGAUCCAGAAUGUCCGACGAGAGAACUUCAUCCCUGGUCGAUAUCAUUUUUUAUGCUCUAAGCAUUUUAAACCUGCCUGCUUUGACCUGACUGGCCAAACAAAGAGACUAAGAGGUGAUGCUGUCCCCACAAUAUUUAUUAAUGAUUCAGGGAGCAAGUGUAAGGAACAGCUGGAUCGUGGACCCACUUCUGGACAAGUGAAUGCAGAUGACACAAUUAACCCAACUGGCAGCAACUGGCUUGUGCAUUUAGAUCAUAACUACAAUUUCAGAGAUCCCCAGCAAGCUAAGCAAAGAGUGGUCAUUUUGGAAAGAAAGCUGUCACUGCUGCGGAAAAAACUCAAGACCUUCAAACAGAAAGAACGCAGGGCUAAGAGGAGACAGAUGAGGAAGGCUGGUGCAGUACUGAAACCUGGACUGCUACCUGCUACCAGUAAUGAGACUCCAGCACCAGUACCCCUGCUGUCACCUUCUCUGCCACCACCACCACCCCCUCUUUUUGUUUUUUUGCCUUUGAACACUUCAGACCGAGUCCCUCGGGAGCAGCUGCCUUGAAAGUUUGUAACCUGAAAACAAUACUUUUUGAUAGGCUUGAACAACAUGCACAAUGUCAACCAAGGUUAGGAGAAUUAUGUUUGCCACUCUUGCGUUUCAUUUUUUUUUUAUCUUUGAUGACAGCUCUCAGAUGAGUUUAACAUUGGGAACAGCACUUGUGUGGAUUUGGACGUCGCAGUGUUGGAGACCUUUGGUGUAAAUUUAAUAUUCGUUCAUGCUGUGUUAGUAGCUCUUCGGCUUUGGAUUUCAAUGCCCUUUGCUAUUCCCAGCUCAGAGUGAUAGGGGAAAUCACUAACACAACUGCAGUUGCUCAAGCUUUGUAUCCUGGGAAAAUGAAUGUGUCUCCUGCAAUGAAGCCCAUGGAAUUUGAAGCUUGGUCUUGAGUGGACAUCUACUGUAUAGAUGCUGCUGAUGAGCCAUUCUGUAAUGGAAUAAAUCUAGUAGCUCAACUCUGGUUCUUCUAACUACAUGGAGGCCAAGCUGUACAAUUUUAGAAAUGGGUUGGUGAAAUGAUAUUAGGAACACCUUUCUAGUAAUCAGUAUUUAUACAUUAGGACAGAACACCCUGUAUCCUUAUGAGCCUUUUUGAUAUUUUCUGUACAUUGUCCAUUUGUUAACAACUAUUAAUCCACCAGUACUUGCAUGUUUCUUGUACAGUAUUAUUUCUGCUUCCAAACCAUUCAUUAAAGCGUAAAGUGCAAGGCUGCCAAUUCAGCUUUCAUCCUCACUGAUUUGCACAGUCACCCUGUGCAAGUCAUGUUCACUCCCCAGUGCUCAGAUUGUAGGAAAAGGAAACAACCACAUGCUGUCAUCUUUGCUUUCUGUAUAAAUUCACACCCCACCAAUUACUCAUGGUGUAACCCAAGUAGGCCAUUUACCAUACAAGUGGUUUUAUACUUUAAAAGUUAAGGAUAGAGUUGAAAGUUGCUUGGGAGAAAAGCAUUGGCUAUAUUAUAAAUAUUUUGGAUUUUACAUGUAGAAAAUUUUUUUUUAUCAUAUUCUGUGCCAAUAAAAAUGAUAUACAGCAUUGUAAAACAAACAUUAAUUUUAUUUGAAAUGUAUAAUUAUUUUUCAUAUUUUAUGUUGUGCUUUACCACCAACCUGAAUGCAUUUUGUUACGUGUUUGUCAUUUCCCUGUUCUUGCAGUGCCCUCCAUGAUAUCUGGGACAAAGACACAUUUUUCCUUAAUUUUUCCCCUCUGUUCCACAGUUUAAAAUUAUAAAUCAAACAAUUCAGGCGUGAUUAAAGUGCACGUUACAGGCUUUCAUUCAAGGCGAUUUGCACACAUUCCAGUCACACCAUGUAGAAAUGACAACACUUUUCCCACAUCAUCCCACGCAUUUUCAGUGGCACCAUAAUGCUAGGACACAGCAAUGGCAGCUCUAAUGAAGCAGUCAUAUUUAGGACUUUGUCACAUGUUCCCUUGCAUGCAAUGACUACACAAAGUCAGGAGAUUCAUCAACAUUACCAGGUGCUGAGGAUCGUCUCUGGCAAUGCUUUGCCAAGCUUCUAAUCCAGCCAUCUUCAGCUCCUGCUUGUUUCAAUAGCUUGUAACCUUAAAUUUCUCUUCACCAUCUGUAAGACCUGCUAAAUUGGAUUUAAAUCAGGUGACUGGCUUGGCCAUAUAAGAAUCUUACAUUUUUUAGCUUUGAAAAACUCCUGUGUUGCCUUAACAGUAUUAUUAUUGUCUCGUCUUAGGAUGAAGAGCCAUCCAGUGUGUUUGGUGACAUUUACUGAACCUUGAGCAGAUCAGUUGUUUGUAUACAUCUCAGAAUUCACUCUGUGACUGCCAUCAGCGGUUGGAUCAUCAAUGAAGAUAAGUGUGCCAGGACCUGUGGCAGCCAUACAUGCCCAAGCUAUAAUACCCCUAUACAACAUCUGUAACAGAUGAGAUGGUCUGCUUUGGACCAUGGGCAGUUCUUUUUUGUCCCCACACUUUGCUCUUGCCAUCAGUCUCCAGUCCACAAGACCUUUU